AUGUCAUUACUUGAUCAAAAUUGGGGUGGUAUUAGUAAUAUUGAUGAUGAAACAUUAGAUGAUAAUCAUUCUGGAAGACAAAUUUUAACAACACGUGAUGGUACAUUAAUGUUAAUUGAAUGUACUGAUGAAAUGUUUGAAUUAUUAUCUAAUACAAUGAAAACAAAUUCAUCAAUUGAUGAUAAUAAUGAUGAUAAUGAAUUACAAACUGGUUUUCAAUUAGUUAUACGUGCAUGUCAACGUUUUUAUCAAUCAAAAAUUAUCUCAAAUGAUAAAGAUCUUAGUGGUAUUAUAUUAUAUGGAACAGAAAAAAAUAAAAAUUCAUUUGAUUUUAAUCAUAUUUAUAUACUUCAUGAUUUAGCACAACCAUCAGCUGAACGUAUAAUACAAUUAGAAAAUUUAUCAAAUAAAGAUACAUAUAAAAAAACUUAUAAUGAUCUAUUUGGUUUAACAUUAUCAAAAAAUUAUUCAUUAAAUGAAGCAUUAUGGACAUGUUCAAAUUUAUUUGCAAAUUCACCACAACGUUUAACAAUAAAACGUAUAUUUAUAUUUACAUGUAAUGAUCGACCACAUGGAACAAAUAUAAUAUUAGAACGACAAGCUAAACAACGUGCUAAAGAUUUAAAUGAUGUUGGUAUACAAGUUGAAGUAUUUCCUAUAUUAACUGAAACAAUAAAAAAAUUUGAUUAUAAAAAAUUUUUUCAAGAUAUUUUAAUGUUAAGUGAUGAUGAACUUGAAUUAAGAAAUAAUCAAUCACCAACAGGAAGAUUAAAUGAAUUAUUAAAACUUGUUUAUUCAAAAGAACAUAAAAAACGUGCUUAUUGUACAGUACCAUUAUCAUUAGGAAAAACUUCUGAUGGAACAUCAUUACAACUUUCUGUAUCAGUUUAUAAUAUGGUUCGUCCUUGUCCAAAACCGACUAAAAUUAAAUUAGAUAUGAAAACAAAUAUGGAAACAAAACUUGUUACAAAACAUUAUCUUCCUGAAACUGCUGAAAUUCUUAUGCCAUCUGAUAUACAAUAUGGUAUUGAUGUAUCUAAUCGUCGUGUAUUAUUUGAUGCUGAUGAAAUAAAAGCAAUAAAAAAAUUUACUAAUCCCGGUUUUGAAAUACUUGGUUUUAAAAAUCUUUCUUGUUUAUUACCACAUCAUUAUGUUAAACCUGGUCAUUUUAUAUAUCCCGAUGAAAAAUAUAUUGAAGGAAGUUCAUGUUUAUUUAAUAGUUUAUUAAAAAAAUGUUUAGAAAAAAAUAUGUUUAUUCUAUGUCAAUUUACAGCAAGACGAAAUACACCACCACGUCUUGUUGCACUUAUUCCACAAGCUGAAGAAAUAAAUAAAAAAGAUCCAAAUGAACGUUUAGCAUCAAAUGGUUUUCAUGUAUAUUAUUUACCAUAUGCUGAUGAUAUACGAACAUUACCAAAGAAUGAUACAGCACGUUUAACAGAUGAUAAAGUUGAUUUAUUUAAAAAUAUUAUACGUAAUUUAAAAUUUAAAUAUCGUCCAGAAAAAUUUGAAAAUCCAGCAUUACAAACAUUAUGGAGAAAUAUUGAAGCAACAGCAUUAAAUAAAAAUAAACCAGAAGAAUUUAUUGAUUUAACAAUACCAAAUAUUGAAAAUCAAAAUAAAAAAAUAGUUGAAUAUAUUGAUGAAAUUAAACAAACAAUUUUUCCACCGGAUUAUGUUAUGGGUAUUACUAAAAGAUCAGCAACUAAACGAAAGGCUGAAACAGCUGCUACAUCAACAAGUUCAAAAAAGACCAAAACAGACGAUAAUAUCGAUGUUGAAGCUGCUGCACGCAAUAAUUUAUUAACUAAAUUAACUAUACCAAUACUUAAAAAUUAUUGUAAAGAACAAAAUUUAAAAGCAUCCGGAACGAAAAAACAAGAUUUAAUUGAUAUUAUUCUACAACAUCUUGCUAUAAAUUGA